CCUUCCUCCUCCUCCGUGGAUUGUGCUCAGACCCCCAGUGCCACCAUGUCCUUGGCUUUCUGUGGCAAUGACAACGACACGGCGGCUUACAACGUGGACCAGGGGGUCCUCAACAACGGCUGCUUCGUGGACGCGCUCAAUGUGGUCCCACACGUAUUCCUGCUCUUCAUCACCUUCCCCAUCCUAUUUAUAGGAUGGGGCAGUCAAAGUUCCAAAGUGCACAUCCACCACAGCACUUGGCUGCACUUCCCGGGCCACAACCUGCGAUGGAUCCUCACUUUUAUUCUCCUGUUCGUGCUGGUGUGCGAGAUUGCGGAGGGCAUCGUUUCGGACGGGUUUUCGGAAUCCAGUCAUCUGCACCUCUACAUGCCAGCUGGCAUGGGCUUCAUGGCUGCCGUCACUUCGAUUGUUUAUUAUCACAACAUCGAAACAUCAAACUUUCCCAAACUAUUACUAGCCUUGCUGGGCUACUGGACUAUUGCCUUCAUCACAAAAACAAUAAAAUUUGCCAAGUUUUGUGAGCUGGGCAUUGGGUUGAGCCAGCUCCGCUUCUGCAUUGCUGCACUGCUGGUCGUGUUAUAUGGGAUGCUAUUGGUGGUGGAAAUCAACGUCAUCAGAGUGCGGCGUUACAUCUUCUACAAGCAUUCACGGGAGGUGAAACCUCCAGAGGACCUACAGGAUUUGGGGGUGCGAUUCCUACAGCCCUUUGUCAACCUGCUGUCCAAAGGUACUUACUGGUGGAUGAACACCUUCAUCACAACUGCACACAAGCGGCCGAUUGACCUGAAGGCCAUCGGCAAGCUUCCUUUCGCAAUGAGGGCCGCCACCAAUUACAUCGACUUGAAGGACGCUUAUGACGCACAAAAGAAGAAGACCUCCAUUGGCCCCCAGGGCUCAAAGCUGAUUUGGCGAGUGUUACGGCAGGCGUUCGGGCGUCCCAUCGUCCUCAGCAGUACAUUCCGCAUCAUGGCCGACUUACUGGGAUUCGCAGGCCCUCUGUGCAUCUCUGGGAUUGUACAUCACCUGAGCGAUGAAAACAAAACCUUCCGACCUCAGGUCAAACUGCAGGGAGUUUACUUCAUUUCGUCCCAGGAAUUCCUGGCCAAUGCCUAUGUCCUCGCUGUCCUUUUAUUUCUGGCCCUGCUUCUCCAAAGGACAUUUCUCCAGGCAUCAUACUACGUUGCCAUAGAAACUGGAAUUAACCUACGAGGAGCCAUCCAGACAAAAAUCUACAACAAGAUUCUCCGUCUGUCGACCUCAAACAUGUCCAUGGGGGAGAUGACAAUGGGGCAGAUCUGCAACCUGGUGGCCAUAGAUACAAACCAGCUGAUGUGGUUUUUCUUUCUCUCUCCCAACCUGUGGGCCAUGCCAGUGCAGAUCAUUGUGGGUGUGAUCCUUCUGUACUACCUCCUUGGAAUCAGUGCCUUAAUUGGAGCAACAGUGAUUGCAGUGCUGGCCCCAGUUCAAUAUUUUGUAGCAACCAAGCUUUCUCAGGCCCAAAGAAGCACAUUGGAAUAUUCAAGUGAGCGGCUGAGGAAAACUAAUGAGAUGCUGCGAGGGAUCAAGGUCCUCAAGCUGUAUGCCUGGGAGCACAUCUUCCACAACAGUGUAGAGGAGACACGGCGCAAGGAGCUGACGAGCCUCAAGUCCUUCGCUCUCUACACCUCCAUAUCAAUUUUCAUGAAUGCAGCAAUACCCAUCGCCGCAGUCCUUACAACGUUCGUGGUUCACACCCACCUGUCUGAGGACGCUGACCUCUCGCCAGCUGUGGCCUUCGCCUCCCUCUCCCUUUUCCACAUUCUCAUCACGCCUCUCUUCCUGUUGUCCAGCGUGGUGCGUUCCACUGUCAAGGCCGUCGUCAGUGUGCAGAAGCUCAGCGAAUUCUUCUCCAGUGAAGAGAUUGGAGAGGACCACGACCGAGCCACGGUGCAACUCAAUGUCGAAAGCAACAGCAUGUACCAAGCCGUACCCCUUAAAGUUAUUAACCGCAAACGGCCCACCAGAGAGGAAUGGCAUAAUUACGAUCCUCAGCCCAGGCAACAAAUACUCAGCACAGAAGGAGAUGAUGUUUGUAUCAAGGUGACCAGUGGGUAUUUUACCUGGACAACCGAUGGGGCACCGACUCUGUCCAACAUUGACAUCAAGAUCCCUCAAGGACAGUUGACCAUGAUAGUUGGCCAAGUUGGAUGUGGCAAAUCCUCCCUCCUCUUGGCAACUCUUGGUGAAAUGCAAAAAAAAUCCGGAAGUAUCUGCUGGAACAGCAUUCCUGACAGAGAGAUUGCGGACAGUGAUGGCAGGAGGAAGAGCUCAGUGGCAUAUGCUGCACAGAAGCCCUGGCUAAUGAAUACAACAGUAGAAGAGAACAUUAUCUUUGGAAACCCUUUUAACAAACAAAGGUAUAAGACUGUUAUUGAUGCUUGUUCACUGGAGCCAGACAUCGACAUCCUUCCUCAGGGAGAUCAGACCCUGAUCGGGGAGAGGGGCAUCAAUCUGAGCGGUGGGCAGCGCCAACGCAUCAGUGUGGCAAGAUCUUUGUACCAGCAGACAAAUGUGGUAUUUCUGGAUGAUCCAUUCUCAGCCCUGGAUGUCCAUCUGAGCGACCACCUGAUGCAGGAUGGAAUCCUCAAAUUGCUGCAGGAGGAGAAGCGGACUGUGGUGCUGGUCACCCACAAGUUGCAGUACCUGCCCCAUGCUGACUGGAUCAUUGCAAUGAAGGACGGGACCAUUCAGAGAGAGGGAACCCUCAAGGACAUCCAGAAUUCCGAUCCGGAACUCUUCGAGCACUGGAAAACCCUGAUGAACCGCCAGGAUCAGCAACUGGAAAAGGAGACUGUGGCUGAAAGCAAGACUGCAUUGGAGCGGAAGAACCUGCGGAGGGCAAUGUACUCCCGGGAGGCGCUCCUCAAAGUGCAGCAGGAGGAUGAGGAUGAAGAGGACACUUUGGAGAGUGACGAUGAAGACAACCUUUCUUCGGUUUUGCGGCAGCGAGCCAAGUUGCCCUGGCGAGCCUGUGGCAAGUACCUGAGUGCAGCAGGCUGCCUCCUGCUGCCUCUGCUCAUCCUCUCCCAGCUGUUUAAACACACAGUCAUGGUGGCCAUUGACUACUGGCUGGCAAAGUGGACGUCUGACGCCAUUCAGCUGAAGAUCGAGGCCGAGAGAACAAACUGUUCAAACGUCGAGGACUGCCGAUUCAGCCACUCCUCGUAUAGCAUCGUGUUCAGCAUUCUCUGCUGCCUGGGCAUUGUGCUGUGUCUGGUCACCUCCAUCGCUGUGGAGUGGACAGGCCUUAAAGUGACAAAGGAGCUACACAAGAACUUGCUCAACAAGAUCAUCCUGGCACCUAUGAGGUUUUUCGAAACCACCCCACUUGGGAGCAUCCUGAACCGAUUCUCUGCCGAUGCCAACACCAUCGAUCAGCACAUCCCUGCCACGCUGGAGUGUCUCAGUCGCUCAACCCUUCUGUGUGUCUCUGCCUUGGCUGUGAUCUCUUAUGUGACGCCAGUGUUCCUGAUUGCCCUCGUCCCCCUCGCUGUGGCUUGCUACUUCAUCCAGAAAUACUUCAGAGUAGCCUCCAGGGAUCUUCAGCAACUGGAUGACAGCACCCAGCUUCCCCUCCUGUCACACUUCUCAGAGACCGUGGAGGGUCUAACCACCAUAAGGGCUUUGAGGCAGGAGAGUCGCUUCAGACAGCAGCUACUGGAACACACUGACGCCAACAACAUUGCCUCUUUGUUCCUGACCGCUGCCAACCGGUGGCUAGAAGUUCGCAUGGAAUAUAUAGGGGCCUGUGUGGUUCUUAUUGCGGCUGUGGCUUCCAUCACCAAUUCCCUGUACUACGGCCUGGCCUCGGGUCUCGUGGGUCUGGGGCUCACUUACGCGCUCAUGAUUUCCAACUACUUGAACUGGCUGGUCCGCAACCUGGCAGACAUGGAAGUGCAACUGGGUGCGGUGAAAAGAAUAAACGCCCUUCUACAGAUCGAAACUGAGAAUUACGACGGACUCCUCUCUUCUGCCCAGAUUCCCCCAAACUGGCCCAAUGAAGGGGAGAUCAAAAUCCAGAACCUGAGUGUACGGUACGACAGCACCCUCAAGCCGGUCUUAAAGAACGUCAAUGCCCACUUCAGUCCAGGGCAGAAGGUUGGGAUCUGUGGACGGACUGGCAGUGGGAAGUCCUCCUUCUCUUUAGCCUUUUUCAGAAUGGUGGAUAUGUUUGAAGGGAGAAUAUUUAUUGACGGAAUUGACAUUUCCAAGCUCCCACUAAACACCUUACGAUCCAGGCUGUCCAUCAUUCUUCAGGAUCCCGUGUUAUUCAGCGGCUCGAUACGAUUCAAUUUGGAUCCAGAGAAAAAGUGUACAGACAGCAUGCUGUGGGAGGCUCUGGAGAUCGCACAGCUAAAGCACGUGGUGAAAGCAUUACCGGGAGGUUUAGAUGCAACAGUUACAGAGGGAGGAGAAAACUUCAGUCUCGGUCAGCGACAGCUCUUCUGUUUGGCCAGAGCAUUCGUGCGAAAGAGCAGUGUACUGAUCAUGGAUGAAGCCACAGCCUCUAUAGACAUGGCAACAGAAAAUAUUUUGCAGAAGGUAGUGAUGACAGCAUUUGCUGAUCGCACGGUGGUGACGAUUGCACCUCGGGUUUGCCUACUUCUGGAUGCAGACCAGAUCUUAGUUCUAAAGGAGGGCACGGUUGAAGAAAAUGAUUCUGUGGCCAAUUUGCUGGCAAGGGAUAGCACCUUUGCUGCUCUGGUGAAGGCCCAUCAGUAGAGCUGUUUCAAGAGCAUCGAGUGCACACAAUUUUGAAAGCAGAUUUAGUGAUCGUGAUGAGAAGAGGACAGAUUCAGGAGU